AGACGAAUCGUGUUCUAGUAACCACAGUGAUAUUUAGUUGUUAAAAUGGCUAAGUUACCAGGAAAGUACGAGCUCGCGGAAAACAAAAAUUUUUAUGAAUAUUUGGUGGAACUCGGUGUGCCUGAAGAUAGAGCAAAAAAUGCAAAAGAAGUUAAGGGAACUCUUGAAGUUAAAGUAGAUGGAAAUAAAGUGACUCUAGCAAACGAUAAUCCUCCACAUACUACCGAUUAUAUAAUUGGUCAAGAAGUUGAUGAAAAGAUGGGGGAAGCAGUACUUAAGAGCACUGCGUCCUUAAAUGGUAACGUCCUGACGAUUUCAACCAUAAGGGACGGCAAACCUUCAGGAACCAGGACUUAUACAUUCUCCGACAGUGGACUGGAAAUUGUCUUCAACAGCUCUAAGGAUGGAAAAUCCCUCUCAGCCAGUCGUAUCUACAAGAGGAUUUAAAACACUUUAUUUUAUUCUGUGAAGAAAAUAGAAAUUUAACAAUUUUGUAUAAUAAAAGUUUAUAAUGA